AGCUCCAAUGUAAACAGAGCGGGCAGGGGCCCUGAUUCACCGGCCGCUGGGGCCAGGGUAGGGGGUUGGGGGUGCCCACGGGGCUUGGCUAGUGGGGUUUGGGGGGCAGUGGAUGCAAGGAGCCUGGCUCGUGCCCGCCUGCUGGCUGGCCGGUAAGUAGGCAGGCCACGCGGUGGGGGAGGCGGCCAGCUUGGUGGCCCGGGCUCGCGUGGUCCAGUGGAGGCAGAGCCAUGGUCUCUAAGCUGAGCCAGCUGCAGACCGAGCUCCUGGCGGCCCUGCUGGAGUCGGGGCUCAGCAAAGAGGCGCUGAUCCAGGCGUUGGGUGAGCCGGGACCCUACCUGCUGGCUGGAGAUGGCUCCCUGGACAAAGGGGAGGCCUGCGGUGGUCGCGGGGAGCUGGCCGAGCUGCCCAAUGGGCUGGGGGAGACGCGGGGCUCCGAGGACGAGACGGAUGAUGAUGGAGAAGACUUCACGCCACCCAUCCUCAAAGAGCUGGAGAACCUCAGCCCCGAGGAGGCGGCCCACCAGAAAGCCGUGGUGGAGACCCUGCUGCAGGAGGACCCCUGGCGCGUGGCUAAAAUGGUCAAGUCCUAUCUGCAGCAGCACAACAUCCCCCAGCGGGAGGUGGUCGACACCACCGGCCUCAACCAGUCCCACCUGUCCCAGCACCUCAACAAGGGCACCCCCAUGAAGACGCAGAAGCGGGCUGCUCUGUACACCUGGUAUGUCCGCAAGCAGCGAGAGGUGGCCCAGCAGUUCACCCAUGCAGGGCAGGGUGGGCUGAUUGAAGAGCCCACGGGCGAUGAGCUACCAACCAAGAAGGGGCGGAGAAACCGUUUCAAGUGGGGCCCAGCAUCCCAGCAGAUUCUGUUCCAGGCCUACGAGAGGCAGAAGAACCCCAGCAAGGAGGAGCGAGAGGCGUUGGUGGAGGAGUGCAAUAGAGCGGAGUGCAUCCAGAGAGGGGUGUCGCCAUCACAGGCCCAGGGGCUGGGCUCCAACCUCGUCACGGAGGUGCGUGUCUACAACUGGUUUGCCAAUCGCCGCAAGGAAGAAGCCUUCCGACAUAAGUUGGCCAUGGACACGUACAACGGGCCCCCGCCUGGACCAGGCCCGGGCUCUGCACUGCCCGCCCACAGCUCCCCGGGCCUGCCCCCACCCACCCUCUCCCCCAGCAAAGUCCACGGGGUACGCUACGGACAGCCCACAACCAGUGAGGGAACGGAAGUACCCUCAAGCAGCGGGGGGCCCUUGGUGACGGUAUCUACUCCCCUGCAAGUGUCCCCCACUGGCCUGGAGCCAAGCCACAGCCUGCUGAGCACAGAAGCCAAGCUGGUCUCGGCGACUGGAGGUCCCCUCCCCCCUGUCAGCACCCUGACAGCACUGCACAGCUUGGAGCAGACAUCCCCAGGCCUCAACCAGCAGCCCCAGAAUCUUAUCAUGGCCUCGCUUCCCGGGGUCAUGACCAUCGGGCCGGGUGAGCCUGCCUCCCUAGGCCCUACGUUCACCAACACAGGCGCCUCCACCCUGGUCAUUGGCCUGGCCUCUACACAGGCACAGAGUGUGCCAGUCAUCAACAGCAUGGGGAGCAGCCUCACCACCCUGCAGCCGGUCCAGUUCUCCCAGCCACUGCACCCCUCCUACCAGCAGCCACUCAUGCCCCCAGUGCAGAGCCAUGUAACCCAGAGCCCCUUCAUGGCCACCAUGGCCCAGCUGCAGAGCCCUCACGCCCUCUACAGCCACAAACCUGAGGUGACCCAGUACACCCACACGGGCCUGCUUCCGCAGACCAUGCUCAUCACCGACACCACCAACCUGAGUGCCCUGGCUAGCCUCACGCCCACCAAGCAGGUAAGGCCCAAGCCUGCCCUGGCCCUCCCUCAAGACCUGUCCUGGGGUAUACCUCAGGGGCUCAGGAGGCUACCGUUCCCCCAGGUCUUCACCUCAGACACAGAGGCCUCUAGUGAGUCCGGACUUCACACGCCGGUGUCCCAGACUACCACCAUCCACAUCCCCAGCCAGGACCCUGGCAUCCAGCACCUGCAGCCUGCCCAUCGGCUCAGCACCAGCCCCACUGUGUCCUCCAGCAGCCUGGUGCUGUACCAGAGCUCUGACUCCACCAACGGCCACAGCCACCUGCUGCCAUCCAACCACAGCGUCAUCGAGACAUUCAUCUCCACGCAGAUGGCCUCUUCCUCCCAGUAACCAUGGCAACUGCCUCCCAGGGAGUGGGCCCUAGAGCCUGCUUGGGGGGUGACAAGGACAUCUGAGCCUGCAACUUUUGCUGCCGUGGGGUUGCUGCUCUUCCCUGGAAACCUGCCAUGGUCCCCAACCCUCUCUGCCAGCGUCAGAAAGGGAGGCUCUAAGGUGCCCAAGGAGCACAGCUUGGGAUGACCCAUUGCUGCUGCUUGUCACUGGCAGCAGAAGGGGACAGACUCUGGGUUCUGGGCCUGUGGACAGUCCUGGUACCACGAAGGGGACUCUGCUGCCACACCUCAGGACACAGGCCAGUGUAGCCGUGACUUGCUGAGCUCUGAGAGGGCCUAGAUCAACAUGGCCUCGUUCUGUCACCUUUGACCUGACCAGGCCACUCCACCUGCCCUCCUUAACCCACAUGCCCAUCUGGACCUGCCCGUCAUCCACUCACAUUAUAUUCCCUCAGUGGCUCCUCUGUACUAGGGCCUGAGGCGCCGAGCCCUGGGGGACCCCAAGCUGAUAGGGAAGGCCUGCUGGGCUCUCCCAGCAUCCUCAUCCUGAGUCAUCCCUCUCCUCAGUCCCCAUGACCUCAUUUUGGACAUUUGUCCCCCUGAGCAUCACGCCUUCUUAUGCCAGCCUGGCAUCUUGCCUCCACCGGACAUCUCCUUCUGGACUGGGACGCCCUGUGCUCCUGUGGGAGCCUAGAGACUCCGUGCCUGGUGCUAAGUCCAGGUCCCUGGGCAGCCCUUUCUCAGACUAUGGACCCUGCAGACCCUUCCUCAGUUUGGGGGAGAAGCUGCUGAGCUCAGCAAGGCAGAGCAGCUGGUGGAGCGCAGGAGCCUGAAGGGAGAGGAAAUAGCUGUGUGGCCAGAGCAGUGCCUGGGAGCAUGGGAGCCUGGCUGGUUGAGGACGGGGGCGUGGUCUAGGCGGUUUGUAGCCACCCUGAAGAGUGUGAGGCCCCAGGCACCACUGGGGGGCAGGGUCAUGUGCCUGGGGCCCUCAUCUCCCUGGGGCUGCUGCAGAUGAACUGGCCUGCAGCGACCAUCUCCCUCCUGGGCUAGAGAAAGCAGCCGGGAGAACCAGUACCAUUGUGGGUGAGCCUGUGCAUUUAUUUAACUUUUAGUAAAGUAAAUGAGGAACAUAAGGAAA